GCUCCAGCUGUGGCUGUGAAGCGGUCGAUCACGGUCAGGAAAAUUGCACCCAGGAAAACUCAGGCGCUGUGUGACAGUAACAAGGAGAAUGUGGAAAGAUUAUCUGAAGCAUCAGCGCCCAGCACAGCGGUCCUCUCGCCCAUCCUGCCUCCUUCGUCUCCGUCUGCGCAGCCCAAAGAACCGGAGCAGGACCCCGUUUGGCCCCAGAAAGUGCGGCGCUCCUACAGUCGCCUGAGUGUGGGGGACAGGUCCUGCGACAGCCCCAAAUCCCUUCCUGCACCGUCCACUCCUCCCAACACCCCAGAGACCCUGUUUGGGUUCGAGAGGCUUCAGACGCCAGAGGUGAUGCGUAAAGCAGAGGGAUCUCGACCGGCUCCUCUGGGCUCCAUGUGCUUCUCAGUGGGUUCCUUCAACAUCUCCGCUGCUGAUGACAGCGCGUCCAACCCUCCAGAGAUCGAUCCCAACAUCCCGGGGGUGUGUCUGGGGAAGAAGACGGCCAGGAGGAAGCGCGUACAGCAGAUAAAGGUGAGCAGGACAUGCUGAUAUAAACAUCUCAUGAAGUUUAAAGGUGAAGUGUGUAACUGUGUAUGCUCUUAAAGGAAUAGUUAAACCCAAAAAAUUAACACUUUCUGAAAAUUUACACACUUUCAGGUCAUCCGAGAUGUAGAUGAGUUUGUUUCUUCAUCAGG